AUGAAGCUUGUUUACGACAAUACAGUUACAGUUAAAGAUGGCUACGCAUCAGAAGAUUCCCUUGAUUUUGGAUUACCAGAGGCUGAGGGCGUCUCCGUCCGAUGGAAGAGUCUCCCGGCUCCCCCCUCCCAGACGGACUCCGAGGACUUGGACUGCUUCAGCUGCGGAACCCCCGACCCCGACGAAGUGUUCCUCUCUCCGUCGGAGGAGCUCUCGCCCGGCGCGGACGCCGCCUGGCCCGCACACGUCCAGCUCCUGCCCCGGGAGGCCCACCACACCUGGGAGGCGCAAGCGCCUUUCAGGGGCAUCGGAACUUUGCACCAAGCUCUGCCCGGAGGAUCCGCAAGGAGUCGGCCGAGUCGCCGCCGUCAUCGCCAGGGCCCCGACUGCGCCUCUUCCUCGAGCCGGGGCGGCGAGUUCUCCCCUCCCCGCGGUGUUGCGCCCCGCAAGUUAGUGCGCCGGAUGUUCACCAACAGCCGAGAGCGGUGGCGCCAGCAGAACGUGAACGGGGCGUUCGCCGACCUGCGCCGCCUCGUGCCAACCCACCCGCCUGACAAAAAACUCAGCAAGAACGAGAUCCUGAGGCUGGCCAUCAAGUACAUCAAGCUGCUCAGCUCAAUCCUCGAGUACCAGAAGAAGCACGGACAGAUGGACGGCGAAAAUGGCGAAGACGCUGAUGGCCGAUCAAGCUCUCAAUCACCACCAAUGUGCUCGGUGAAGUCGGAACCUACAAAUGAGGAAUCUGGCCAAGAAGUGAUGUCCGACGCCAGCUCGCCUGCAUCCAGUCUUAGCAGCGUGUCCAGUCACACAGAUGGACAGGAAGAGCGAAUUUUUUGAACAACCAUCAGAGAAUUUUAUUUCAUGUGGAACUGAGGAUAAAGAUGUGUAUCCGUUAAAGAUUCAACCAUGAUGCUUCUCAUGUGGAUGUGAUGAGACUAUGACAAGUUGUUGAGCUAUAUCCGGCAGGAAUUUACCAGAUUCAUGAACUGCAACCAAGAAAAAUUUGAGAGGGAUAUGAUGUACAUUUGUUAAAGUUUCACUUCUUCGGAAGCAGUGUCGCAGUAAUUUUCAUCAACUUUCGGAACUUCACUAAAAAUUUACCCGCCUCCAUGUGAUCCAUGGAAAAUUCAUUUGAGGCUUUAAACUGAAUUCCAGUAGUUUACUUGGCAACAUCAGUUGUGCAAUGAAUGAUGACUACGCAGAUGAUACUGCAGACUUGUGUAAAAAUUUUAAAGUAUCAUCUUUUAAAUAAGUGUUGAAAAAUUUGCGACUUGCUUCCUUCUUUAGUAAAACAGAAAAAAUACUUUCGAACCAGUGGUAACAAUGUGGUGUGUAUGGUGUUCUAAAAUAAGUGACAGCUAUACUUGUAGUGUCGCAUUACUUGAACAACAACCUUUUCCAUAAAAACUGAGCUACCAUGUUCUACAAGACCUAGUGUUCUUGUUUAAAUUCUUUCAUCCCUUUGUGACAGGAGAUUUCUAAAAUUUUCAUUCUUCAUAAGAUUCUCGUUUAACUGACCAAAAAGAUAAAUAAAUAAAACAAAUAACUAUUCUGGACCCAGUUGAUAAAAUUCAUUUAAAAAAUUAAGAACCUGAUGAGUUAAAAUAUUUUUUCAACCUUCUGGAAAUAAUUUCUCGACUGACGCAUAGAGCU